GGAAGAGAGAGAGAGAAUGUGGGCAUUUAUUUGUCUGUGCUUGCCAGUUGCUGUAAUCGAAGACUAAAUAUUUCCUUUAAAGUGUCGGUCUCACGGCGCUGUGUUUCCUGGCGGUUUUCACCUCCCUCGACACCCCCGAGACAUUUUGCACUGCCCUGAAACUGUUCCAGUCACCUCGUUUCAAAUGAACAGCUGCCGCGAAAGAAGCGUCACAUGUUUUCACACGUCUGUGCUGGAUGACUCUCCGGCUCCGCUCCUGUUCUCUGCGCCAGCGUAGCUGCAACCUGGUGCAUGUCGAGUCGCCUUUUUCUCCGAGGAUCUGAAUCACAUCCAUUUCUUCAACAGGCAACAACCAAAGCAAAAAAACCUCGUUCGAGACGGAGGUGUAUCUACUUCACCGGGACAUAAAUCGCCACGGAGUGCGCAGAUGGGAGCAGGGCGAAUGCGGUCGCGUUCUUCGCUUUUUGCUACAUAACAAAUAACGGACAUGGACUUGUUACAGCGCCGUCGUGUCACCAUACACCCUGGUCUCAACAGAGGAUUUGCGCAUGAGGGAAUGAUUCUUGAAAUUCAUUUGGAAGAACGCCAGGAAUGCUUUCAUGUAGCAAAUGAAAAUAUUUCUGACAGGUGUUUUCAUUUCUUAACGCGAAUCACAGACCUGUGGAAGAAUUCCGCUGGGAUUUAUUCUUAAUUGCAAUGCGAGGCGAAGGAAGGGCGCAUUUUUCAUAAACUCCCCCGAGUGGAACGUUUAGAAAGAACUAACUUUGAAGCAGUGUUUUGUAACUUAAGCGUUUCGAGUUUUAAUUUCAAAAGAGAAAAAAAACCCUUGGAUGCGGAUUUGUUUUUACAGAAGUUUUCAAUCGGUGAACGCUGCUGGGGAAAUCGUCGCCCUUGGACGGACAUUAACGUGGGAAAUCGAGAGGAAAAGAGCUGUGUUUGGAAGCCUGCUCUGCUUGGAUGGCUGACGGGCUCUUAGGUAAUUCGGGUUUAUUGCAGGAAAGAGUGCGCAUUUGCGGAGCGGAGAGGGAGGCGAGUCCGGGCAUCUGAGGAAUGCAGACAUCGCGAUCCACGCGCCGGACCUCACGUGCGCUGAGCCAUCCACAUCGCGCUGACACUGAAUAUUGACCAAGUCAGGACGAAGAAUGUUGAGACAAAUACUGCUAAACUCUACCGCCGCUUCUGGAUUCGAGCUGAUGGCCCAGACGCACGCACCUUCCCUAAAUAUCUCUCAGGGACCCGUGAGCGCAGCGGCGCUGCUGAGACCCGCGGGCAGGGGGCUGCGCGAGGGGGACUUCAGCAAACCGGAUUUAGCCACCUACAUAGUUAUUUUCCUCCUCUUGUUUUUGUUGGUGCUGAUAAUCGUGUUUUAUAUAAACUGUCAGCUGAAGAACUCUUUCUUCGCGUCUAUGCCCUACGACAGGUCCUUAAGGGAGGCGAGGAGCUCAUACAAGUGAACUGAGACCAAGCUGAUGCCAUGGCGUCCGAUCAGCUGAUGCUGGGCGCGUGUGCUUCUCAGUGUGUGGAAUGUGUUAAUUUUGUAUCAGGUG